CCUUCAGCGACAGUAGCCUACCACAUCCAGCCAAGUUGAUAUCUCAGCUAAAACGAUAAAAUAAAAAAAUUUCCUCCUCUCCUUUCAUUUAGACAGCAAACUGAAUGCGCGUCUGACAAAAGCAGAUCCAUUCAUGUGCUGACUCCCAGGAGUGGAUAUUAACACGCAGUCAUGUCUGGAGCGUGUAAGGACCGAAGGAGUCGCUGGCAGGACAUCCAGAAAGGCCUGCAGUUCAUUCAAUCCACCCUGCCAUUUCCUGGAACUCAAGACCAGUACGAGGUGUUUAUUCAGGAGCUCGUGUGGAAUCUUUUUGGAGAAGGAAAUGACGUAUUCAAAGAAGGAGAAUGGACAAAAGCUGUAGAAAUGUACACAGAGGCUCUGAGCAUCGCGGAUUAUGCCGACUCGGAAGACAUCUCCAUCCCGACAGGAUUAUUGGAGAAGCUGUUCGCAAAUCGAGCCGCAGCGUACUUAAAUAUCGUUCCGGGACUCUUUGAUCAAGCGUUAGAAGACUGUGAGAAAGCGCUCCAUCUGAAUGAGGGAAACUACAGAGCGCUGUUCAGGAAAGCAAAAGCCUUGAAAGAAUUGGGGAGACAUCAAGAGGCCUAUGAGGCUGUUGCCAAAUGCUCUCUAGUAGUGCCUCAGGAUCCCAGUGUCAUACAGCUGACUCAGGACCUUGCCAAAAUGUUGGGACUGAAAAUACGUAAAGCUUAUGUGAGGAGUAAGCCUGCCUUGAAUGUCCUGCGUGGAUCAAGUUAUUCAGAUGCAUCAUGUGAUAAGUUUGCCCAUGGCUCUAAUACCGUGGAAGAUAUAGAAAUAGAAGUGCCUCAGCUGUCCCAGGACAGUGGGGGUCCUCUUCCAGUCCCAGUCCAAGUCCCGGUGCCAGUGCUCCCCUCUCUGAAUGAUGCAGUCUUGGAUGACAUUCCUCUGAGCAACAGUAUCUCCUCUUUGCCCUCGUCUGAGCCUCCGAGCUUUGAGCCUGUCCCGCUGCCUGUGUCUGUGCCCACCUCCGUCUCUCUCCCUGCGCCCACAAUGGUCAACGGGUCGAGAACCAGCAAGCCUUGCCCGUUGCCUGAGUCCAGUCAAGAUUAUGAUGCAGAAAUCAUCGGGGAUGACCUUGAUGAUUUACUGGACCAAGCAGGUCCCCCGGAACCUGCCAUGGACAUACCCACUGUGAAGGGGCCGCUCCCUUUGCCAACCAGUAUUGCCUCAGGCAAUUCCAUGCCGAGUUCAUUCCUAAUGCCAUCUCACAUCAGCCCGUUUCUCCACGGCGCCCAGCAGUGUACCGUGAAUCUGCCCCCACUGUAUCACAAAUCGGGUUCUAGUGCGUAUUUUGGGAUGGAGCCUUUGAACUCGCUCCCCUCAGCGCUGGACUCCCUGGACAAUCUCUCCAUAUCAGAAUAUAAGACAGAAUAUCCUCAGAAUCCCUUCAUCACACAGCUGAACAGUACUGACAGCCCAAUGGGAAUGGCUGUUGGUAUGCCUGACAUGAAGGGCCCCGCUGCUGUAGAUUUGGCUAAGAACCCGUUAGCUGAAACUCAUGAAUUCAAACAAGCAUGCUCACUCUGCUUUGUCAAAACUGGGCCCGGGGUGUUGGAUUACACGUUACAUACGGAAGAACACAAAUGCAAGAAGGAUGCUUUACUCGGCAGACUCAAACACUUGCCAGACAAAACGUGGAAGCUCAUUCGACCCAGACCAACAAAAAACCAAUACGUCGGACCGUAUUACAUUUGCAAGGAGGUCGCUGUUGGACAAGAGUGCCUAUACCCUGGCCACUGCACGUUUGCGUACUGCCAGGAAGAGAUUGAUGUUUGGACCUUGGAGAGGAAAGGGUUCAUCUCCAGGGAGCUGCUGUUUGAUCCUUUCAGGCCAAACUGUAACGUCAGGUUGACCGUCCCCAAAAUCCUACAGGAGCACCGGGGGAUAUUCAUGUUUCUCUGUGGAGUGUGCUUUGAUCACAAACCAAGAAUAAUCAGCAAAACCAACAAGGACAACCCUUCUCUUUGCUCGCAUCCAGUGACUAAGCAUGACUUUGAAGAUCAUAAGUGCCUUGUUCAUAUUUUAAAGGAGAACACAGUGCGUUAUUCCAAAAUCAGACCCCUGAAUCUGCAUUGCCAGCUGGAUCUGUGUCGCCAUGAGGUCCGGUACGGCUGUGUGAGAGAGGACGACUGCUUCUACGCCCACAGCCUGAUCGAGCUGAAGGUGUGGAUGAUGCAGCACGAGCUCGGCAUCACUCAUGAAAAUAUUGUUCAGGAAGCAAAGAAGUAUUGGAGUACAGCAGCUUCCCUGCAAGGAGCUCAGCAGUUUCCCAGUGCACAGAGGAGGUUUGGACCCCCAAAUCUAAAGAUGAUGUUCGUUUGUGGUCAGUGCUGGAGAAACGGACAGCUGAGUGAAGCAGACAAGAACAAGAAGUACUGUUCAGCCAAGGCCAGACACACGUGGUCAAAAGACAGACGGGUGGUGCUAGUGAGCUCCAACGAAAGGAAAAAGUGGACGACGGUUCGACCGCUUCCAACCAAAAAGCCCAUCCCAUCCCAAUUUGAGAUUUGCAUGCAUGUGACAGCAGGCAAGAAGUGCCAAUACAUUGGGAACUGUACGUUCGCUCACAGCAUCGAGGAAAGAGACCUUUGGACCUACAUGAAGGAGAACAACAUUCCAGAUAUGGAUCAGCUUUACGAGCAGUGGCUGCUGUCUCAGAAGCCCGGCUGGGGCGAGGAGGCCUCAAAUAGCUCCAUCAGGGAGAACGGCAAGCAGAUACACAUGCCGACAGACUACGCUGAGGAAGUGGCUGGCAAUCACUGCUGGCUGUGCGGUAAAAACUGCAACAGUGACAAGCAGUGGCAGCAGCACAUCACUUCAGAAAAACACAAAGAAAAAGUUUUCAACUCUGAGGACGACCAGAACUGCUGGCAGUAUCGAUUUCCCACAGGCACUUUCAAAGUUUGUGAGAGGUUCCUCAAAGGCACUUGCACUGAAGACGACUCUUGUAAGCUGGCGCACGGGAACCAGGAGCUAAAGGAGUGGAUGGAGCGCAGGGAAUUCCUUUUGCUGAAACUUGCCAAAGCUAGAAAAGAUCAUCUUAUAGCACCAAAUGACAAUGACUUUGGUAAAUACAGUUUUCUGCUUAAAGACAUUAAAUAAUGGUGAGAUGAUCAUGUUAAAUUUGCAGCGUUGCGAGCUGUGUAUGACACAAACAAGUCUUGAGUCAGGUGAUCCGUGAGGGUCUCUGUGGGAAAAAGGACAGAGCCUGAUCACAGCAUGAUUUUAAAUGGAGGGCACUCGGGACUGGCCCUAAGAAUGACAGUUGAGUUACUCUGAUCAGACACCAAGGCGCAUCUCUGAAUUAACAGCAAUCAUUAGAGUGAAAGACACUUGAGGCUUUGCUCUGCACCUUUCAGCUGAAUGUCUGAAAGCAGUGUUGGAAAAAUGACGCGUUUAACGUUGAUCGGAUGUGUUCCAGUACUCAAAGUUGUCACGGAAAAAGUAAUUACUCAUAAGCAGCCUAUAUGUUAUGGACACUUUUUUUUCCCUAUCAAGAAGUCUAAGUAUAGAAUACUUACAUGGAAAGUUGAGUUGGCAUUCUUUAUUUUAUUCUGUCAGCAUAGGUCAUUUUCACUUUCAGUUUAUUUGAUAGCGUUUCAAAUGUUAAAAGCACCACACCAAAUAAAGGCUUUUUUUAAACACCA